AUGUGUUGUGCAGUAUCAUCUGUAUCAGAUUUAGUGUGUGGGACAACAGACGGUCAAGAGGUGCGCAGGACUAUUAGAGGUCCUGCCAUGGCUGUGCCUCCCUCCCCCCGUGUAGGGGACCUCCUGACGCGCCGGAAUCCCAUCUUCCGGGUUCCCUUGAAGCCAUCGCAGGCAUUGCUGGUUCAGAAUUGGAUGGAUGGAAACUGUGUGACCUGCCAGACGACCGCAACUAGCGGCAGCACAUCUUUAUCCUUUGCUCGGCUAUAUGCAUUCGGAGCCUCUGGCAAUGGCAAGAAGCAUGGGGAUGAGAUGGAGCUUUUUCUGAGGAGAGUGCAGGAAGAUCCAAAAAAGUUUGAGCACCUCAUUGACCAGCUUCGGAGCAUGAUGGCUGCCAUGUCGCCGCCCAGUUUGCGAGUAGAGUGCUCACCAUUGGGAGCUUCACCACGGAUUGACACCGCCAAGGUGAAGAAGUGCCAGACCCAAGCAGUGUCUUUGUGA